GAGGAGAAUGAGCAAUCUGUUUUCUUCUUCUCAAACGACUGCAGGGCAGCUUGUAGCUUAAGCCUGACGCUUUUAUGCAUUCGAUUUUAUGCAUUCAUCCACUGACUCGCUUUUUCGCUGCAAAGUGCUAUCGAGAAGCCUGCGUUCUCCUCUCUGCUGGAGAAUAGUCUGGCUGACUGUAGGCGUAGAUUGUUGAGCUGGGGGGUUGGGGGCGUCACAAGUAGCAGGGAGAGUCGAGCCAGUGCAGGAAUACAUAGCGAAAGAAGAACACUGACCCGCUUUCUCGUCAUGGAUGUCACAGACUCUACUGCGGAGAAGCGAGCUGAGUAAUGGACUCUUUGUUCAGCAGUGAGCUGAGUCUCCUGGGCAGUGUGGAGGGUUUGCGGGAGGACGGCUGUGGGAUGGGCUGGUCCAGCUCGCCGAUCUCUGAAGACAUGUACCCCACAUCGCACUUCGCCCUGGCUGCCGCCUACCACGACAUCAAGACCCGGCUGGCCAGCUUGGAGCGCGAGAACAUCAGCAUCAAGCACAAGCUCAGGAAUUACGAGGUCAAGUUCCCCAUGAUCAGUGAGUUUGGGGAGGAGCGGAGCCCCUGUUGCUCCUGUGAGCCCAAAGAGUCCAGCCUCAUGAUGAGUGAUAGCAGCAGCCUGCAGCAGAAAAUCAACUCCCUCACACAGGAGCUUCAGAAGAGCAAGGAGCGGGAGGAGAGGCUGGAGGAUGUCAUCCAGGCGUAUGAGAAGAUCCACCUGGAAAAGAGCAACGUGCAAAGGGACCUGGACAAGAUGACCUCUCUGGCGGAGCAGCAUGUGGAGCGUAUCCACGGUCUGGAGGCGGCCCUAAGACAGAGGGACGACUCGCUGCAGAAGCUCGGCUCCCGUGUGCGCAGCGGCAAAGACUCUCCACAGACACAGCCGCAUGUGCGCGCCAAAGACAUGCACCACCUACAGCUGCACACCAGCCUGGACGUGCCUCAUGAGUGCCGCGGGCCGACUCUGCAGAGUUCCCGCAGCCUGGACGCUCUGUCUGACCUUAAAGUGCAGAGGCUGGAGGCGGAGCUAGAGGGGGCCAGGCACGAGGCCCAGGGGGCGUGUCAGAGGGAAGAGGAGCUGAAGGCGGAGCUAGAGCGGCUUCAGGAAGAGAUCCGGCAACUACAGGAGAGUCAGAGACAGGAAAUGCCAACGACCUGUGAACACUGUGAUGUAGAGUGGAUCAAGAAAGCAGGAGAUGAACAAGUGAAUCUGGCUCUGGCCUACACUGAGCUCACUGAGGAGCUGGGCCGAGUUCGCUCUCUGGCUGCCAAACAGAGUGAGAUCUUUAGGCAAACUGCCCAAGAACAGCAAAGCCCAGUCUUGCGUCACUCUCCUGCAUCCCAGCGCUGCUCGCCCUCGUCCCAGCGGCCGUCCCCCUCCCCCGACCGCUUGCGCCCCUCACCCCCCAUCUCCCCCACGGCGGGCCCCGCCUCCUACACCAGCCGCCCGCCCACCAGCCGGCUGCGCGAGCGCUUCCAGGGUCGUCGUAGCUACUCCGAGAUGUCCGACCCCUCGUCUCACGGCCGCCCGCCCAGCCACGCCCGCCUGCUGUGCGACCCGGUGUCCACCCUCCCCAAGCCGCACGUCAUGGGCGGGGCGGGGGGUUACCAGCGGCUGCCCAGGGCAUCUCUGGCCGGUACCAGGCCCGCGUCCGCCCACGGGGGCAGCCUUGGCGGCGGCAUAGGGGGCAGUCUGGGGGGCAGCCCGGCACGUCACCACCGCGGCCUGGAGCUGGAUCUGGAGCUGGCGUUCCCGCUGAUGGAGAUGCGGCACCUGUGCCGCCUGGAGGACCCCUCCGUGGUGGCCUCGCUGGCGCCCGCGCCGCUGGUCACACCGCCGCAGUCCUCGGACGAGGAGGAGGACUGGCACUGCCCAUCGCCCGUGCACAGCCCACCGAGAACGCUGGGCGCUGUCCUGCCCCCGUGCCCGCCAUUCCCCGCGCCGGAGGGACCCAGCACCCUCACCUGCCACCUGCAGGGGCAUCUCCUUGCCGACCAUGCCCAGUCAUGGCCCUCCAUCAAUCUGUGGAUGGAGACGGAGGAGAACAGAGCCCGCAGCUGCCCGCUGUGCCAGCUGACUUUCCCCACCGACUACCCGGAUGAUGCGCUCAUCAAACACAUCGACACACACCUGGAGAACAGCAAGAUCUGAGCUGUGCAGUGCCAAACACUGCCCCUUGUGGCCACAGUGGUAAUAGCAGCACAGCUGGCCAGGCCAGGAAUGGAAAGGACAGUCUUUGGGAAUGAGGCCCAGGUUGUUCUUCCUUUCUAAGCAACUGUACAGUGUUCUCUCCUCCCCAACUGUCCCACUGGUAUACCUAAGCCAUAUUUUAAACCCUGAUAUUUUACUGUCCUGCCAGGGCACUCUGCUGAUGAGAGGGGAGUGAUCCUCAAAGGUGAUUUAGCUUAAUAGCUUGAUAAUGCAUUUCUAACUACAUUGUUUUUUUGUAAUAUUUCUUCCUGUCACUGGGAAAGACAUGACAUGAGAGAGAGAGAGAGAGAGAGAGAGAGAGAGUGAAAGAGAAAGUCUUAACUGCACUGAGGAUGUUGGAGAAUAGGAUUCAGACUGAGGCCAAAUUCUGGACACUGAAAUCCAGAGAAUCCAUAACCGUAUUUUAAUGGCUGUGACUACAGCAUGGACACGCUCUUUGGCAAGCUUUGACACCAAGCUGCCAAAAAGUUUUCUGUUUGUAACAGCUCGGUAGCGUGAUCAGAACUGUGAUAUUUUCUUCUCAGUCUACCAAUAUAAGCUGACGAAGGGCUCAAAUCACUCUUACUAGAAUCUGUAAACUCUUGGAAUUAACAGUCUUGGCACUAAUUUUAUAUGGGAAUUGUCAGCACAUUUGCUGUGUUUGUAGUGUCUGCACUGGAGAGGUUCAAUUCAGGUGAACAGAGACAGUUGGAAACGACUCUCUUCUGACGGCUUUUGAGGGCUUCUAAGGCCUUGAUCAAUACCAGGCCUACAUUAGGUGAAACUAUUGACGCCGUCUUCAGUCUUUGUACUAUGGAAAGGGCACAGCGCAAGUGAUUCCUAGCUUAAAAUACCUCGUAUCAAUAUCCCAUCUGACAGCUAUGUUGGAUUUUAUUUUUGUGUACAUAAGGCCCUUUAAGAAUUAUUCCAUUCCCCCUAGUGGAAACUAUUAGGCAUUUUUUAAGCCAUGCAAAACAAGACUUGUUCAUGUUUCUUGGUUACUUUAUCAUAAUAAUAGUAAUAAUAAUAAUAAUAAUAAUAAUAAUAAAUAGAAAUAAAUCAUG